AUGUCGCUCAGCAUUGCGCAGAAGAGGGCCGUGCUGCCCGCCCAGGCAGCUCGGGCGGUCCUCCUCUCUGCUGGCCGUCUGCCCCUCAUCGGCGCCGUUGUCCUCACGCAGCAAGCAUCAAGAACCUCGCUGUUGACGACAACGACUACGCCAACAUAUUUGAGUCGAAGACCCUUUCACAUAACCCCUCGCAAUGCCCUCCCCAGCGGCAACUCCAUGCCCCCCGUGUACUUCGGCAAGCAGCAGUCACUGCCGAUGAACACCAUCAUCCGGUUUGUGCCGCAGCAGACAGCAUGGAUCGUCGAGCGCAUGGGCAAGUUCAACCGGAUCUUGCAGCCUGGCCUGGCAUUCUUGAUUCCAUUUAUCGAUCGGAUCGCGUAUGUCAAGAGCCUGAAGGAGGUGGCGAUUGAGAUUCCGUCUCAGAGCGCCAUUACCGCAGACAAUGUCACUCUGGAGCUGGAUGGUGUACUGUAUACUCGGGUGUUUGACGCUUACAAGGCGAGCUAUGGCGUCGAAGACGCCGAAUACGCCAUCUCCCAGCUCGCACAAACCACCAUGCGCAGCGAAAUCGGCCAACUCACGCUUGAUCACGUCCUCAAAGAGCGCCAAGCCCUCAACACCAACAUCACGGCCGCAAUCAACGAAGCCGCCCAAGCCUGGGGCGUGACCUGCUUGCGCUACGAAAUCCGCGACAUUCACGCGCCCAAGGGCGUCGUCGAGGCCAUGCAUAGACAAGUGACCGCCGAGCGCUCCAAGCGCGCGGAGAUUCUUGAGUCCGAAGGCCAGAGGCAGAGCGCAAUCAAUAUUGCGGAGGGUAAAAAGCAGAGCCGAAUCCUGGCGUCGGAGGCCGAGAUGGCGGAGAAGAUUAAUCGCGCGAGGGGUGAGGCUGAGGCAAUUCGGCUUAAGGCUGAGGCGACGGCUGUCGGCAUCGAGAUGGUUGCGCGCGCGAUUAGGGAUGGUAAGGAUGCUGCUCAGGGUGCCGUCAGCCUGUCGGUGGCUGAGAAGUAUGUUGACGCCUUCGGCAAGCUGGCGAAGGAGGGCACUGCGGUCGUCGUGCCUGGGAAUGUGGGAGAUAUUGGCGGCAUGAUUGCCACCGCCCUUAGUGUUUAUGGGCGUGUGGGCGAUGCGCAAGCGAGGAGUAUGGCGAAGGAGAUCUUGGAGAAGAAUCAGAUCAUUGAGGCUGAAGGCAAAGACGAGAAGACCAAGGAGGUUGUCCCAAGACAGAAGGACGGGGUGACGGAUAAGUAUGAGAGAGGGGAUAUUUAG